CAGCUCAAAUAAGUUAAACAUUUGUCUAGAUCGCCAAAUAAGUCAAACAUUUAUCAACGUGAAGGGUUGAAGUGCUUGCCUUACUCACUCCGUUCAUUUUCAUCCUUAUCUCCCGCUGUCGGCCACCGCGCUCACCAAUGGAGCCUCAACCGCCGCCGCCAGUCUCCGGCAACGUUCCCGCUGCCGACGACGACGAAAUCUCACCGAUUGAACAAGUCCGACUGACGGUGACGAACUCCGACGACCCGACGCUCCCGGUCUGGACCUUCCGGAUGUGGACUCUCGGCCUUCUCUCAUGCGCUCUUCUCUCAUUUUUGAACCAAUUUUUCUAUUACCGAACGGAGCCUCUCAUCAUCACUCAGAUCACGGUCCAAGUCGCCACUCUUCCGAUUGGCCAGUUCAUGGCGGCGGUUCUGCCGGCGGCCCGGUUCAGAUUGCCAGGGUUCGGAUCGAGGCGGUUCUCGCUUAACCCGGGGCCGUUUAACAUGAAGGAGCAUGUUCUGAUUUCGAUAUUCGCGAAUGCCGGAACCGCCUUCGGCGGUGGCUCCGCUUACGCCGUCGGAAUUGUGAAUAUUAUUAAGGCGUUUUACAGUCGCAACAUCUCGUUUGUCGCCGCUUGGCUUCUCAUCGUUACCACUCAGGUGUUGGGAUAUGGUUGGGCUGGGCUUUUGCGAAAAUACGUGGUCGAGCCAGCCCAUAUGUGGUGGCCCAGUACGCUCGUUCAGGUCUCUCUCUUCCGGGCUUUGCAUGAAAAAGAAGACUGUCGCAUGUCAAAAGGAAAGUUCUUCCUAAUUGCACUAAUUUGUAGCUUCUCAUGGUAUGUAAUCCCAGGCUACCUCUUCCCUACACUAACAAGCAUCUCUUGGGUCUGUUGGGCCUUCCCCAACUCGGUGACAGCCCAACAACUUGGCUCAGGCAUGAAAGGCCUUGGCCUUGGGGCCUUCACUCUUGACUGGUCUGCUGUUUCCUCCUUCUUGUUCAGCCCUCUCAUCAGCCCUUUCUUCUCCAUUGUCAAUAUCUUUGUGGGAUACACUUUGAUCAUAUACAUUGCUGUCCCCAUUGCAUAUUGGGGCUUUAACCUCUACAAUGCCUCCACCUUCCCAAUUUUCUCCUCUAAAUUGUUCACUGCUGGUGGUCAGCUUUAUAACAUCACUGCCAUUGUUAAUGACAAGUUUGAGCUUGAUUUGGCUAAGUAUGAGGAGCAUGGACAGAUACAUUUGAGUAUGUUUUUUGCUCUCACUUAUGGAUUUGGCUUUGCCACUGUUGCUGCUACUCUUACUCACGUUGGUUUCUUCUAUGGAAGAGAGAUCUACGAACGGUAUCAUGCCUCGUACAAAGGCAAAGAGGAUAUCCAUACCAAGCUGAUGAAGAGAUAUGAAGACAUACCUUCCUGGUGGUUUUACUUGUUGCUUGUUUUGACAGUGUUGGUUUCUCUAAUACUUUGCAUAUUUUUGAAACAUCAAGUUCAACUUCCAUGGUGGGGGCUUCUCUUUGCUGCUGCUAUGGCCUUUCUUUUCACUCUUCCCAUCAGUAUUAUCACUGCCACAACAAACCAGACUCCAGGGCUGAACAUCAUUACAGAGUAUGUCAUGGGACUUAUAUAUCCAGGAAGACCAAUUGCAAAUGUAUGCUUUAAAACUUAUGGCUACAUGAGCAUGGCUCAAGCUGUCUCCUUCCUCAGUGACUUCAAGCUUGGACAUUAUAUGAAGAUUCCUCCAAAAUCAAUGUUCCUAGUUCAGUUCAUAGGUACAAUACUAGCUGGAACCAUCAAUCUUUGUGUGGCAUGGUGGUUGCUAACUUCCAUAUCAAAUAUAUGCGAAGUGGAACUCCUUCCUCCCAACAGUCCAUGGACGUGUCCAAGCGAUCGUGUAUUCUUCGACGCAUCGGUCAUAUGGGGACUGAUCGGGCCGAAGCGAAUAUUCGGAUCACACGGAUUCUACGGUACCAUGAACUGGUUCUUCCUUGGUGGUGCAGUAGGGCCAAUUCUAGUAUGGCUACUCCACAAAGGCUUCCCAAAGCAAUCUUGGAUUCCUCUAAUCAAUCUCCCCGUAUUGCUUGGAGCGACGGCAAUGAUGCCCCCGGCAACGGCAGUGAACUACAAUGCGUGGGUUCUGAUAGGAACCGUGUUCAAUUUCGUCGUGUUUCGAUACAGGAAGCAGUGGUGGCAGAGAUACAACUACAUUCUUUCAGCUGCAUUGGAUGGAGGGCUGGCUUUCAUGGCUGUGUUGUUGUAUUUCUCAGUUGGGAUGGAAGAAAGAAGUGUGGAUUGGUGGGGAACUGCAGGUGAACACUGUGACUUGGCUGCUUGUCCUACAGCCAAGGGUGUUGUGGUUGAUAGUUGCCCAGUUGGGUAAAGAAAUUUGAUACUUUUAAGUAAUACUAACAUUUAAAUAUUGUCAAAGUUGAAGAAUCUUUGGUAUAGACCAUGGUAAAGAUUGUGGGGAUUGAAGCACCAACUAUACUUACAUUCAUACAUAUGCAUAUAAAUAUGUUUUCAAUAUAUAUACAUAGAGAGGUUAGAACA